AUGGACAAUUUCUAUGCAGCCAACUACAUUGCAGCAAAAUUCAUACUUGGAACUCCAUUUAUGUUGAUACUUCUAAUCUAUAAGUGGAUGAGAAGGCACCAAGCAAUCGAUGCGAACAUCGAAGAAUUCUUACAAGCUCACAACAACUUUUUGCCCAUAAGGUAUUCUUACUCAGAUAUCAAGAAGAUUACAAAAAAUUUCAAAUGCAAAUUAGGUGAGGGGGGAUAUGGUUGUGUGUAUAGAGGAAUCCUUAGAAGUGGUAAUGAAGUUGCGGUAAAGAUUUUGAACAAAUCAGAAUCUAAUGGCCAAGAUUUUACUAGUGAAGUGGGCACAAUUGGAAGGAUCCACCACGUCAAUGUAGUGCAACUUGUUGGUUUUUGCUUCGACUACUCCAAACAAGCUCUAGUCAAUGAUUUCAUGCUGAAUGGCUCUUUAGAUAAACACAUUUCGAAUAAGGAUGGUGAUGAUCCUCUUGAUUAUAAGAAAAUGCAUGAGAUCUCUCUUGGCAUAGCUAGAGGGAUAGAGUAUCUACAUCGGGGAUGUGAUAUGCAAAUUCUACAUUUUGAUAUCAAGCCACACAACAUUCUCCUAGACCAAAGUUUCACUCCGAAAAUUUCUGACUUUGGACUCGCAAGACUUUAUCCCAUUGGCCAUAGCAUAGUAUCGUUGACUGUAGCAAGAGGAACCUUGGGUUAUAUGGCGCCUGAGCUAUUCUAUAAAGACAUUGGUGGCAUUUCUUAUAAAGCCGAUGUUUAUAGUUUCGGCAUGAUGUUGAUGGAAAUGGCCGGUAGAAGGAGAAAUAUAAAUGCACAUGCAGAGCAUUCAAGUCAAAUUUACUUUCCUUUGUGGGUUUAUGAUCAACUUGGCAAAGAAAAGGAGGUUGAAAGGGUAGAAAUCAUAGAAGAGGAAAGAGAAACAACAAGCAAGAUGAUAAUUGUUGCACUAUGGUGUAUCCAGCUGAGCCCUAAUGAUUGGCCAUCAAUGAGGAAAGUCCUAGAUAUGCUUGAAGGAGAUAUCAAUAAACUGUAG